GAAGAUUAUGAAGAAGGAGCAAAUUUGGCUAUUGGUCAUCUUCUCGCAGCAUCUGCAGCAAAAAAAAUAAUUUCUGAAGCAAUCGAGUUUGUAAAUGAAGUAAUUCGUGAGGAACAACUCUCAGAUACUGAGAAAGCUCGUUAUACUGCAGUUUUGUAUUUUUUUCGGCUAUUACUUAAUAGCAAAAAAAAAAUUGAAGCAUCAGAGACAGUUGCUGAAGUUACCAGAGAAUUAAUUCAAAGUUUUUGUGAAAAGUUCCCUUCCAAAAGUCUGCUUAAUGAUGAAUUAGUUUCACUCAGACUGGCUACUUAUUUACGUUCCCAAAAGUUUAAGAUUAGCCCAGUAAUGGUCAAAAACUAUGCUGAACAACAAAUUUUUCCCCAAUUGAAUACAGAAUCUAACCUUCCCACAGUUAGUUAA